UUUUUUAACGGUCCACCGUAUAAUUUUCUGUGGUGUUUGUUCAGUCAUGCAGUCAGCUUAGAAAGAAUAUGGUCCCAGAGGUAGACCACUCCAAAAUAAAGAAGUACCGAACAAAAUAAUUUUCACUUAACUUAGAUGGUUAGAUAGUUUGAUAAUGUUACCUUGAUAUUUAAAUCAUAGGCUUACCAGUUCGUUAGAGAUGGCUAAUAGUAGACUGCGCUUUCAAAUGUAUGGGAAGUUAAUUAGAGAAUUAAAACCUUUUCACUGGCGAUACGAAUUUUCGUAUUCGAAUUCCUGUAAAGGCGUUCCUAUGAUUGUAGAUGGGCACUUUAAUGAUGUAUUCAAUGCGAACAUGCUCCUUUGUCCUACACAGAACCCAGGCCAACGCGUGAUAAUAUACCCUACACCUUUGUUGAAAACUCAGCAAGUGGGCCGAAACCCCGAUCUCUUAUAAGUUUCGUUUGUCCUUAAAUCCGAUAGGCUAUUACGUUUCGCGAUGAGUCAUCAGCCCACUUAUGCAAAGCCUUCUCCUUAAAAAGAAUUUCAUUCAUUUAUGUUCGUCUUGUAUCUCUGGUCUCCGUUUAGAAAGACCCAGGGAAGAAAUUACGCGAUGGCUGACGGACAGUUAUCUCAGACGAUCAAUCGAAUAUCGGAGGAACUCAGCUUGGAUGAGCGCCGGCGGCUACUGUACUUGUGUGGGGACCUGCGUCAGCAUUGCUCUGCGGAGGAUGUGAGGAGAAUGUUGAAGUCUAAAAUGACCUGCCGUGAGGUGGACCAGAUGUUUCUGCUGGAACUCAUGCUCAGGAUGAGGCGAUUUGACAUUUUGAAGAAGGUGCUGCGGACUAACAGACAGGAAGCUGAGGGAAUGUUGGGGAAAGGAUACAAUGUUUCGGAAUACAGAGUGCUGAUGGCUGAUGUAAGUCAAGACAUGGGUAAAGAGGAUUUGAGCUCCCUUAUAUUCUUGCUCAGUGGCAAGAUACCAAAAGGACAGUUGGAAAAAGCUACAAGUUUUCUGGAUGUGGUUGUGGAGCUGGAGAUGCUGGACAAGGUUUCCUGCGACAAGGUGGAUCUAAUUUACGAGUGUCUGAGAAACAUCCGCAGGGUGGACCUAGCCAAGAAGGUGCAGCAGUACCAGAUGAGAGCCGCAGGUGAAAUGCCACAGUCAAACUGCACACUCAGACGAUCAGUGGAAAAACAGCAGUGUCUGAGGAAGAUUCCGUCCUAUGGGGUGUUUCCACCUAGAGUUCCCUCUUCCUCUCCUGCCAUGUGCCAUUGGCCACGUAAACCACACGCUCCAGAGAACAUUAAAUUAGCAGUGCCUGAAACCGGAAGGCAAUUUUGUCAGGGCCCCGUGGAGGCCUACCGGAUGCGGUCGGAACCUCGGGGGGUCUGCCUGAUCGUAGACUGCGUGGGAAACGAUGGGGAUAUGCUGGCGCAGACGUUCAGGCAGCUGCACUUCCGGGUUGUCCUGCGUAAGUGGCUGAGCGUGGGAGACACCCUGUCCGCUCUGAGGGACGCGGCGGGGGCGCGGGAGCACCACGAGGCCGACGCCUUCGUCUGCUGCGUCCUCAGUCGAACCGCCGGCGACGACCUGCUGGCCACCCAGCCCCAGGGCCCGGGGCUCCGCCUCCAGGCCGUCCGGCAGCUCUUCACCACCGAGGCCUGUCCCGGGCUGGCCGGAAAGCCCAAGCUCUUCUUCGUCCAGGGCUACGGCCUCCCCGCGGCUCGCUCCGCGUUCAGGGACGAAGACCUGGAGACCGACGUGGAGGCCGACCGGCCGGCCGAUGGCCUCCGCUUGGAGACCGUCCCCGACGACGCGGACGUUGUGUGGAGCCUGUGUAGGACUGAUGCGCGACAGCUGGAGAACAGCAGGCAUCGGUCUGUGUACAUGCAGUCACUGAUCACCGCCCUGCUGAAAGGGCAGAGGAGGGGGAUGCACCUCGUGGAUGUCCACACUGAGGUAAACAGAGCAAUAUAUGACCACAACCAGAAGCAUCAGGGAGAGGCCUAUCACAUCAGCUUGCGACACACUCUGAGGAAGAACCUCUUCAUAUGACUGUGAAUCUGAAUUUUCAUUACAGAUGGAAAACAUUUUGUAACACUAAAUUAAACACAAAGUGUGUCCGAUUGACAUGAAACCUGGCAGACGCCAUCUUUGGACAGGUGCUUCCGCGAAGCAUGUGAUGUUAUGAAAAAUGACAUUUAAAUUCUUACCAAUAUUUAUUUACAUCGCAUUACAUUGCUUUUAUUUGGUAGACAAUAUUAUGCGAUUGUUUUACUACUCUUUGUGAGAAGGGGGUCAUUGUCAAUGUAUUAUACUUCAUGAAGUUAGUUUGUGCAUUUAUAAUAAAUAUUCAUUUCAGAUAAA